UGCAGUAUUAUUUUUAAUUCGUUUUUAAACUUAUCAGCUAUUUGAUUUAUAACUCUGCUUUAGCGUUUUAUUUGUUUUAUUUUUUCAGCACGUCUUACGGUUUUAGUCGUUUAAAUUUAUUAAACGUGGUGGGACACACGUAAUUUAAAGUGUCCUGUGUGCGUCAUCAUGCCGGUCCAGUGCAGUAACUGUGUCCAGAGACGUGCCGUACUCAAACGGCCCAAGACCGGACACUCUCUGUGUAAGGACUGCUUCUUCUGGGCAUUCGAGGAGGAGAUCCAUCAAACCAUCGUAUCUGCCAGACUCUUUAACCGUGGAGAGACCGUGGCCAUCGGUGCCUCGGGCGGAAAGGACUCUACUGUCCUGGCUCAUGUGAUGAAGGUCCUGAACGAACGCUACGAUUACGGCCUGAAUCUUCUGCUGCUGUCGGUGGAUGAGGGCAUCACGGGUUACAGAGAUGAUUCGCUGGAGACGGUGAAGAGGAACCAGCAGCAGUAUGAGCUGCCGCUGAAGAUCGUGUCUUAUGAAGAGCUGUACGGCUGGACCAUGGACGCCAUCGUGAAGCAGGUGGGACUGAAGAAUAACUGCACUUUCUGCGGUGUGUUUCGCAGGCAGGCGCUGGACCGAGGAGCCAUGAUGCUGAAAGUGGACAAGAUCUGCACAGGGCACAAUGCAGACGACGUUGCAGAGACGGUCCUGAUGAAUGUCCUGCGUGGAGACAUCGCUCGUCUCUGCCGCUGCACCUCCAUCAGCACGGCCAGCGACGGAGAGGGUGCCAUCCCACGCUGCAAGCCCCUCAAAUACGCCUACGAGAAAGAGAUCGUCCUCUACGCCUAUUUCAAGAAGCUGGAUUACUUCUCCACAGAGUGCAUCUACUCGCCAAACGCCUACCGGGGACACGCUCGCGCCUUCCUCAAAGACCUGGAGUCCAUCCGGCCCAGCUCCAUCAUAGACGUCAUCCACUCCGGCGAGACGCUCUCCGUGAAGGAUGGGGUGAAGAUGCCGGUGCAGGGAACGUGCUCACGCUGCGGCUACAUCUCCAGUCAGGCCCUGUGUAAGUCCUGUGUUCUGCUGGAGGGCCUGAAUCGAGGUUUACCCAAACUGGGCAUCGGGAAACAUCACCGACUGCACGGCAAAAUUCUGGCUCAGGAGCCUUUGACCGAACAGGAGGAGAAGAAACUGAAGCCUGUGGACUUCUGACACAAAAUCAGGAGUAGAUUGUAAAAACUGGACAUUUCAGUUAUGUGUCCCCUGUGUUUUUAAGAUGCUUUGGGAUGAAUGUUCUUAAUGUGAGAUGAUUUUGUUUAUUUUAUUCAAAGUCUUGCAUUUGUUUUAUCAACCACAGGAAACUGAAUCUCACGUCUUUUGUUCAUGUGUAUGCUGAAAAAGGGACUUUGAAAACUGCCAUUAAAAACCACAGAUCUUGUUUUAAAGACGGACACAUACUUUUUCUAAAUUAUCAGGAGAAACUUACAAAUGAUCUUUAUGAUUUUUUUUUUUAUUUAAACAAUAUUCAUAACAAUAAAGUUACUCAUCAUUUCACCAUUCUGUUUUCCUGUUUUUGGAUCAUUACUGUAAUUCAUGUCUCAUUUAUUAAAAAAUAAAUUCAUUAUUGUA